UUCUUUACGAUAUUAAAGAUGAUUACAUGGCAUUAAAACACGACUUGACAGUUCUUAAGUGGCCUACGUGGCUGAGCAUGGACUACUAGGUUGGGCUAGUGCAGUGGAGAAGCUGCUCCUUUUAGUUCAGUUGUUCAAUAAACAUGUUUGGGUUCAUCCUGGUCCACUGAACAAGCGCUGGCUUGCCCCCUCAAAUAGCACAACUAUUGUGACUUCUUUUUAUACCUGAGUAAUCCACUGUACAAGUACUGACUAAUUCUUUCCCUUUUUCCCAGGUGUGUUUUUAGUAGGUACCAAAAAGUGUUCCACUAUUCCAUAAAACAUUGUAAUCUUGUUAAAUGUGUCUCAGAAGUGUUGUAGGGCUGAUGGAUGGGACAAAGGAAAGAGAGAGGGAAAGAGGAGAGGAAAAGGAAAGUGAUGAGACUGAGGAGGAUGCUGAGGGAGCGGCCUUGUUGUGGCAAGAAGGCUCCUCUGAAGAUGACCUGGGAUUACCCAUCAUGCACUGGGAGGCCCUGAGCUUGCGCAUCGCCCAGCUCGAAAAACAAGAAGAGGAACGGAGAGAGAAGAACAAGGAUCUACCUCAGUGGAAACAGAGCUGGCCUGAAUUAUAUGAUCUUAACAGACAUAGAGACAGCUAUGAGGAUGUGGACGACAGCCGUCUGACUGCACUGACAUCACGACUUCAGAGUCGAAUGAAUCUGCAGCUCUGCUUCAUCAACAACAGUGAAAGUGAGGAUGAUGAGGAACAGGACGGGAAAAAAGAGCUUGCCAAACAGUCCGGUCAGCAGCAGAUGCAGCAAUUGCAGCAGUGUUCUAGUACUUCGUCCAGCAUCAAAGCCAAAUCCAGUGGAUUUAAAAAGGAGGUCAAAGCUGCACUUAGCAGACUGAGACACAAGCUGAAGCUGGAACAAAAACAGACCAUACCCCACAGUGAGGCAGUCAAACAAAGAACACAGUAUACACGCACAGACUUGCAGAAUUUCAGCGUAAAGGAGUUAAAGGCAUUGAAGACCACACUAAGCAAAGACAUUCAUAUCCUCAGCUCAGAACUGGUGGGUCGACUUCUCACAAGAGACCAGCUAAGAACUGAGCAGGAUGCCAUGUUACUGGAAAUACAGGAUAUGACAUCACUCUGACAGAAGCGGUCACUUCCGUUAAAACUAAUGCUACAGUGACCACAGAAGCUACAAACCUGUGACAUCUGCCUGAAGCAAUAAGUUGUACUGUGAAAGGUUCAAAACAAAAAAGGACUGUUUAAACUGCACAGAUUUGUUUUAAAGUGUGCCUUCGUUUUAUCUGCAUUAUUAUUUUUAUUAACAUUUAAAUAUAACGGUGUAAGGAUCUAAAGCAUUGGUAAGCUGCUAAUACAGUCUUAGGACCAAUCUUUUUUCAGCAUCAAAUACUUUAGUCAUGUCAUAUUUAAACCUCACUGAAAUAACUUUGCUAAUGUGCUUUUUCUUUAACUUGGUAGUUAGAAAACAAUUAUUACCAGGAGUGUUUGUAUUUGUAACAGUAUUUUUCACAUCUGUGUAUGUGGGUUGUUUAAACCUAUCUUGAACAAUUCUACAUAUUACAUAUUUUUUAUGUUUAAAAUGAGGGAUGUGUGUUACCCUAAAAAUUCAGUAAGGUCCUAUUUGAUUCAGUCUGCCGGACAGCUCAGGCACUAAUUUAGAGUUUCUGCAGGCAUCUGAAAAAUUGUAAUUGGUCUGCUAUUUUUGUUUACUAAAAUUUAAUAUGUUUUCAAGCCACAUAGUCUUAAACGUAAGUAUACAACAAUUUCUCAGGGGCUAAGCCUGAAUACACAAGGACAUUUUUGGCAUCUUUAUGUAAAUGCAUUUAUGUGCAUUGCUGUCAGGUUGUAGGCAUGUUUGUAGGUGAAGAUAAUUUUCUGAUUAUAUAUUCUUAAACUGCAGACUACAUAAUUAAUAGUAUUAAAAGAGGAACCGUCACAAACAUUUCUGUAAUUAAACAUAUUUGGAAUUAAAAAAUGAUUACAUUUUGUUAAAUUUAGAUAUACUGCUGUCUUAUGAGAAGGGGCUAGUUCAUUCCUUAUUUAUGCUGACACAUUAAUUCUUGGAAGAUCUGUCACUGCUAGAAACAGGCGUAUGUAAUGCACUCACUCACUUACUUUCUUAAUUGCUUAUCAAAUUAAGGCCGGGGGGAGGGGGGGGGGACUAUCCCAGCUUUUCAAUGGGCGCAAGGCACACAGUAACUACCCUGAACUGAUCGCAGGACAGACACACAUACACACACACACAUACACACACCCAUUCACCUAUAGGGCCCAUAUGUAAAGCAGUUUUUGGAAAUUGCUUUGGAGAGCAAAUGUUUGCAUUUUUAAGGCUUUGGCAUUAUACACUGUUUUUCUUUAUUAAAAACAUUGUACCACUAA